AUGAGUUUUCAUGGAUUUCAGAAUAAUGACAAGUCUAAAGACAAUGAAGACGCCCCGCCUCGCAGACAGCGAGAUUAUGCUGAUUCAGGCUACGGCGGCUCGGUCGGCGGCUCAACAUUUUCUGAUCCCGACGGCAGUGAAGCCCGGGACCGUGCGUCUCUUUUGAACGACAAUAAUCCUGACCAAGCUACAUACUUGCGAGGCUCUUCUAAUAUUGCCCAUCACAGAUCACCUUCCGCUGUUACUCGGCGUCAUGUUUUAUCCCAGGUUAACCAGCUUCAAUAUAACGAUAAUAGAGUGGCAUUGGGCAGAUCUAUUUCUGCUGUUCUUUCUAUGCUUAAGGAACUGCAAUCAAUGAAUAGAAAAUGGCCCGUAUAUUAUCCCGCAAGCGCGACACCGCAAGACGAUGCUCGAAAGUCUUUAAGACGCGCCACAAUGAAUCAUUUCCCCUCCAUAGAUGAUGAAGACGAUUUAAACUAUGAUCUUAAAAGACGUUCCUCUAGCUCUUUUGAACCAUCACAAUCAAAACAGCAACCCCCAAUACCCAAACCAAUCCUUGAGCCUCGAUUAGUGUCUGCACAGGCUGUAAAUGAUUUCAAUGUCUUUAAGCUUGAUCUGAAGGUUGGAAGUUUGUCUUCUUCGGAACUAAUUCACCAACUUGAAAAGACUUCUGUCGCUUCUCUUCUAGAUGAAAAAAUUAUGCAAACUAUUCGACAUCUUUUGUCGCUGCGUGAGAGAAUUGAUGAUACCACCUCUAAAGUUCUUAUUACUGGCGAUUUGAAUGCCGGAAAAUCCACAUUUUGCAACGCUCUCCUCCGACGAAAGCUUUUGCCUGAAGACCAGCAGCCUUGCACCAGUGUUUUUUGCGAAGUCAUUGACGCUCGUGAAAAUCAUGGUGUUGAAGAAGUUCAUGCCGUUCCCAUUGGUGUUACUUAUAACCGAAGUGAUGACACUACUUUUACCAUUUUUUCUCUCCAAGAUCUUGAAUCUUUAGUAACUGAAUACGAAAAGUAUUCCAUUCUUAAGGUUUACGUCAAUGACCGCCGACCUAUUGAUCAAAGCUUGCUUAGAAAUGGCGUUGUGGACAUUUGUCUCAUUGAUGCUCCCGGCUUGAAUAUGGACUCCUACCAAACUACCCAGGUUUUUUCUCGUCAAGAGGAAAUUGACUUGGUUGUGUUUGUCGUUAGUGCAGAAAACCAUUUUACUCUUUCUGCCAAGGAAUUCAUUUGGAGUGCAGCCCAUGAAAAAUCACUUGUAUUUAUUGUUGUCAAUCGAUUUGACAACAUUCGUGACAAGAAUCGUUGCAAACGCUUGAUUUUGGAUCAAGUUGCUAAACUUUCACCGGAAACUCAUAAGGAUGCUCGUGACUUCAUUCACUUUGUCAGCUCUAGUCAAAUUCUUGACGAGAUGCCUGGUAACAAUGGUGGUGGUGGUGGUGAUGAUGGCCCUGGUGAUGAUGAUAAUAAUGAACCAGAUCACCCUGAUUUCGACAGACUGGAAGCCUCUUUGCGCAACUUUGUUUUAGAGAAGCGUUCCCUGUCUAAGCUUAUGCCUGCAAAGACGUAUCUUAAAAACAUAUUAAAAGACUUGGAAAUGCUUUCUUAUGUUAAUAUCCAAGUAUCUGAAGCAGAACAAGACAGAGUUAUGCAUGACUUGAACUUACUUACUCCGGAGUUUGAAAAAUCUAUGCGCCAAAACGUUAAGGUAUCCGAGGAUAUGGAUACCCAGAUUGAGGAAAUUUGUGAAAAGGUUCAUGAUUUUACUAAGAAUCAUUUAACCAAGGUUUUAAAUGAAGUUGGUGAAUCGCCAGUUAUUCCUUAUACUUCUCUUUUUUCAGCAUUUAACUAUGCUAUUGAUACCCGUGAAACAAUGAUUGACCGCAUUCUUGGCGAGGUUGAGACAUGCGAAUCCUAUGCUCGCAAAGAAACUACCCUCGGUGUUAACUCUCUCAAGGCCAUUGGUAUUAUGCAUCUGGGCGAUCAGCCAGCAUUCAAAAAGGUGUUCAAUGACGAGGCUAUGUUUAGCCGACGACAUGACACUAUGUCACGCACAAUUUACACUGAGCUCUCAUUGAGUGACUUGUUUGACCUUCAAAUUCCAUUUAUUAGCUCUUCUAAGAAGUCGAUUGAAGUUUCCUCUGAACGCAAAGAAGAAUCUUCCUCUUCCACAAUCACAGGUGCACUUACUUUGGCGUCCGUUGUUACUACAGGCCAGUUGAUUCGCAGCACCGAUGUUGCGCGCAGCGUUCUUUCUUUGACACAGCUGGUGGACAUCAACGUUGUCAAGAAGCUGGCUGUGCCUGCUUUGAUUGUUGGUGCUCUUGCUGGAAUUGCAUACAUUGUCAGUGAUAUUCCAUAUGCUGUGCCACGCAACGUUUCGCGCAAGCUUCGUGCCGAGAUUGAGGAAAUGAACUACGUUGAUACGAAUGCUCAACGUAUUUCGAAGGAAUGCAGAAAAGUGCUUAAGUAUCCUGCUCAGGAUGUGCGCAGUGGAUUCCAGAGCAAGGUUGAAGAACAAGCUCGCAAAAAGGAGGAAUACACUAAGACUGCUAAGGAGAUUGAUUUGUCUUGCAGAUUUUUCAAAAGACUUCACAAGGAGGUUAUUGAUCAACACUCUCUUGUUGAUAGAUGUAAUCUCGAAGCAACACUUUCCGUUGAAUAA